ACGGUAGGAAGAGGAAGAAGAAAAAAAAUCUCUCGCUGGAGGAAUACCGAGCAAAAGGAAUUGAGGAUGUUCGGGGUCGUUAGUCCUUCGAGCCUUCUCCCUGAGGAACCGAAUACGAUGACGUCUUCGGUUCGAUCUGCAUCUUUCAUCGUCACGCUCGCGCUCGCCGUUCAUCCGUAUAUAAUACAAUGGCUAUGCGUAUAAUUUAAGUGACAUUCGUUGCAUGGGCUAACAUGUAGAUGAACACGAAUGUAUUCACGUUAUGAUACGCAAAGAAAUGAGGAUUACAGAGAAACAGACACUGUGUAACGAGAACAAGGGACAAGAGGAACGCGAGUAGAUAAUAUUAAAUAUACUAUAAUAUAGUCCUGUUAGUCGUCUGUGACAACUCAGACCUAGAAGAACCCCUCCCCGAAUAUUGAAACCGAAAACGGUAAAUAAUGUUAUUGAAUAUAAUUUUUGAAAAUAUUGACCAACGAUCAUACUUCGAUUGAGACACGUGGAAACAAAAUUCAGAGCUUGUACAGAUUUUGGUUCCAUCGAUGUCUCUGCAAGAUUCAUAAAAUUUUUACAUGAUCCGUGCUGCAGCCGGUAGCAAAAUUCUAAAAAAAAUCAGAAGCCAGGAGGGAUGAAGAAAAAGGAGUAGUCGUCGAUUUUUUUCAUGCGAAUUAUCAAAAUCACACACCGUACCCUUUGAAUUCGUUUACAACACGAUUAUUAUACAUCUGAAUUAUGGAAGUUGGCGAAGAAUCUUCAAGCACGCCAAUCAUCGAGACAGCAGAAGAAGCUACGGAAGCGGAUAGUUUAAAAUCACCCGUCCUUUUGGAUCUUGACGAAAAUAAUAAACAGCAGCAACAACGACGACAGGAUGAAUUAAGACGAUCUUCGACGAGGAUUCAAGAACCGAUUAUAGCUACCGGGCCAACAGCGGUAAUCAUUGACCCUGAAGCUGCAGCGGGUUUGGCGCGUCGUCAACCCCUGAGGAAACGAUGGCAGCACGACUCGGGGUGUUUCGAUCUUCAACCUGUGGAAAAUGCUGUUGAAAAUAUUGGUGGAGCAGAUCAGGGUGAGGACGGUGGAAAAGUGAUAAUGAUACGAGUACCAGAACCGGGAGUUGUCUGUCCUAAUCCACAUAUGGAACUACUUCAUCAAGCCAACAUCAGACCGGUACUUAGGGAGCCUUCUCAAAGCGAAAAGGACUACAAGAAAUCUGCUUGCGACAGAGAACGGACGAGGAUGCGCGAUAUGAACCGUGCCUUCGAACUCUUGCGAUCUAAACUUCCGGUCUGCAAACCUCCUGGUAAAAAAUUGUCAAAAAUUGAAUCAUUGCGACACGCAAUAACAUACAUUAGACACCUUCAAAGUCUUUUAGAACCUUCGUCUUCUUCGUACGAUCCUACUCGAAUAUCCACCCGGUAUUUUUACGGCGGAUCGAUUCAUCAGCAUCAAAUUCAUCAAGAACAACAUACCAGGUGGGAAACACACGCUCCUUCGACGUACGUCGAACAAUUUUACCAUCAUCAUCAUCAUCAUCACGAUUAUCACAACUCACCCACGGCUCCAGGGUCCUCGCUACCUCAACCCCCUGCUCAUUAUUAGACCAUUAGACGCUUUUUUCAAUCAACGGUGAGUUGUAAACCUACAAGCAAUCAAAAAUUAAUCAUUUCAUUAAGUAUGUAGGAAGUACAACAAACGUAGCUCUAUUCAAUAAGAUACUCGCUCAACAUCGCAUGCUAUGAGAUUUACCGAAUCGUUUCAUAUUUUAUUUUUUAUCGCGUACAGAUGAUCAUGUACCAUGCGAUCGUUGAAUUAUUUUAUUACCAUAUCGCAUACGAUCCGUGUUUAAGGAUUUUGAACGAAAAGAGAUUGAAUAAAAUCUUCAAUUCCAUUUCUGGUUGCACCCUUCACGUUGCAAUCACCUUGAAUAUACUGUUAACUACCCGACUACAAGUAAUACCAUAGACAUGUUUAUAAAGAUAUAAACGAUUAUACCACAAUACCGAUCAUCGCGUCGAUAUCUUGGGAUAUGUAUCUGCAGCCCAAACGUAAAAAGUAUAAUAACGACGUAUAGGCGUAUCUAUACGUACAAUUUUGUCCGAGCGGCCUAAUUAUAGACACGUAGUGAUUAAACACAAAGAGAGUAAAAAAGGCAAAAAAUAAAAAACAACUGUAUACUUA